UUUUAUAAGUUGUGCUCAAAUCAUGUCUUCAGAAAUGUUAGGCACGUAUCAAAUGAGUGCCGAUUUGUGCAACUUUUAUCUCAAUUUCAAUGCACGUCUUCGGCCAAGAAUUUGAUCCAUACAUCGCCUCAAAGACAAUCGGACUUCAAGUGGACGGACGCUCUUCUGCUGGAGAAUAACUUGACUGAAGAUGAGAUCCAAAUCCGAGAUCAGGUGCGGACCUAUUGUGCCGACAAAUUGAUGCCAAGGAUUUUGAUGGCCAACAGAAAUGAAAGUUUUGAUCGAAAUAUAAUGUCAGAAAUGGGAAGUUUGGGUCUUUUGGGGCCAACUAUUAAGGGCUACGGAUGCGCUAAUGUCUCGACCGUCGCGUACGGACUCAUCGCCAGAGAAGUGGAAAGAGUGGACAGCAGUUAUCGGUCGGCGUAUAGCGUCCAGUCAUCGCUUGUUAUGCAUCCCAUCUAUGCUUUUGGUAGUGAAGAGCAAAAAGAUAAAUAUUUGCCACAAUUGGCGAAGGGAUCGUUAAUAGGCGCUUUUGGAUUGACUGAACCCAAUCACGGAAGUGAUCCGUCAAGUAUGGAGACGAAGGCUGUCUUUGACUCCACGUCGAAGACCUAUACGUUGAACGGAACGAAGACAUGGAUAACAAACGCUCCGAUCGCUGAUGUGUUCAUAGUUUGGGCUAAUUUUGAGAACAGAAUUCGAGGCUUUAUUCUGGAGCGAGGAAUGAAAGGUCUGUCGACUCCUAAAAUCAACGGAAAGUUCUCAUUGAGAGCGUCGGAAACGGGAAUGAUUUGCAUGGAAGACAUUAAAGUGCCUGAAAGUAGUCUUCUUCCCAAAGCCGAUGGCCUGAGGGGUCCGUUUGAAUGUCUGAAUAACGCCCGGUUAGGCAUUUCGUGGGGAGCGUUAGGUGCGGCCGAGUUCUGUCUGACCACUGCUCGCGACUAUACGUUAGAGAGAAAACAAUUCAAGAGACCUCUCGCUAAAAAUCAAUUGAUUCAGAAGAAGAUGGCAGAUAUGUUAACCGAGAUAUCAUUAGGACUUCAGGCGUGUCUACAGGUGUCGCGACUCAAAGACAAAGGUUUACAUAAACCAGAAAUGAUUUCAUUGAUUAAACGAAAUUCUUGCGGGAAAGCGCUUGAAAUCGCCAGAAAUGCUAGGGAUAUGUUAGGAGGCAAUGGUAUUAGCGAUGAAUACCAUAUUAUUAGACAUGUUAUGAACUUAGAGGCGGUCAAUACAUAUGAGGGCACUCAUGAUAUCCACGCGUUAAUACUUGGCCGCGCUAUCACUGGACUCCAGGCAUUUACCACUGAUUAACACAUUUGCCAGUAAUGUGGACUUUGAAUAAUAUUUUAGUAAAUUUAUUAUAUUAAGGGUAAUUGUUAUUUGUAUUUGUAUUUUAUAUAUAUUUCUAUUUGUUGAUUAAAUGCCAAUAAAUUGUUUUAUUUUUAAUUAUUAUUUAAUUGAAUCAAAUUUAACAGAAUACACAUAAUUAUAUCACAAAAUAUA